UGCCAUUACUAUAUAUGCUGCUAGCUGCUAGUUGUAGGCCUACAGCUAGUGCAGUGUUUGUGGACGAUUGGAUGUGUCUGUUUUGAUUGUGGUCUGGAGUAUAAGCCUGUAGAUUAUCCAUUGCACAUGAAGUACGUAACAAAGAGGAAGAAAGGAUGUCAUCAUCUUACACCAAUCCACCAAUCAUCUCCUUCCAGCAUUGUGAUCCAUUGAAUCACAUACUCUGCUUUAACAAGGUUUUACAGGUCUGCCCAAUUUGCAGAUUGCGUCUUGAUGAUGGGACGGCUGAAUUUCCUUUGCCUCCUGUCAGACUGCCCUCGGUGUUGGUAAAUGCUGUAACCAAACCAUACUGUCUUGUUAUCAAGCCAACCCAUGGUUCAUUUCUACAAUCAUAUAUGCCUGGCCAUUUCUUACAUGCAGGAAUAUCAAAUUCCAAAGGUGUGGUUUACAACUUUGAUGAGAAGGGUAUUCACCAAGACUCCUCAUCCUGGGAACAGUGUGUGGUUAUCCCAUUACUUGGUUGCCAUGACUACGAGAUGAAGCAAGAAUGGGAUGCAGAGCUCCAUCAAUUCUCUAUGCCCUCUGGAUGGACACCUGAGAGAUACCAAGAUGAGGUCCACAACUGUUUUGACUUUGUGGUAGGAUUCCUCAAUCACAUCGAGUACAACCAAACCGUGAGGCGUAUCCCCAGAACAAUCACAAGACAGGAACUCUGUGAGGAUUACAUCGUAUCCAUGACAACCAAGGCUGCACAACUCAUCAGCAUCCACCAUGCAAUCAGACAAGAUGGAUAUGUCAUUCAAAGAGAGUUGCCAAGGUGACAGGUCGUUUUUGACAAACUUCUCAGGAAGUAAAGGGAGGAUAUAGCAAAGUCAGGAUUUGUGUGUACCAUAUCAUCAUUUUGAGCACGUAUCAGAGAUUUCUUUUUGACAUGUAUGUCCAGUUUUAGGGAGGGGAAUUAAAAGGAACUGUAAUUCUGAUUUCAUGUAUACAUUAGGUAAUUGUUGCUAGGUACAGUACCUUUUAUAUUUGUUCACAUGUGCUAUAUGGUAAACCGUUGCGGUCUAACGAGUCAUUUAACGAAAAUACUAAAUAAGUGGCAACUGCAUGAGGAUAAAAAAUAUGCCCAUCAUGCACUUACAAUUUAGGGCUUUUGGAGGCAGUUUUUGAAUUGCGACUAGCAGCUACGAUAUUUGCUGUGCAUGUGAAUUAGAGUUUUGCCCAAUAUUUUGAAACUGUCCAUAACAACUUUCACAAUGCUUUUUAUCUUAAAGUCAACCGUCAACAUUGUUGAAGGUUGAUGAAAAAAACUGUAAUUUUUGUGUGAAAUGUUAAUCACUUAUUAUAUUCCUUCUUAGUAGGCAUACUGCACUAACCUUCUAACAUGCGAACAAUCCUGAAAAGAUUCUCAAACCUCAAAGAUAUCAAUGUGCAACCCCCCCUUAAAUUCUCCCAAACAAUUUUUAAAAUUUUCCAUGAAAAUAAGACAUAAAACAGGCUUUUCAUUAUAUUUCAUUUCAUUUAUUUCACUCUCUUUUAACAAACAUCAAAAAUGUAUACAUGUUUCUUCAUUAUCAACAUAAGACAAAAGGAAGUGGGGAAUCAUGAAAGCAAAAAUUGGCUUGAUGAGAAAGAUGAGAAAGAUACAAACUUAUCUUAUAUUAAAAAAAAACAUUGAACCCUCGGUACAUAUUCUCAACAACAGAGGAAAGAUAAAUCUAAGAUAAAUCUAAGAUAAGGUAAAGACAGUCACAGAAAGAUAAGGAUCGAGAAAGAGAAGAUAAGAAGAAGGAAGUUGCAUCUUGAGUUUUACAUUCUACUUAAUAAAUGACAAUUAAUUUUAUUUUGUUCAGCUGAAAUAACCCUUCUACAUUUAAAGCGUUUCAAUGUAUUGCACUGUUUUAUGUCUUCCGAAUAAAUGGGCCAUGGAAAAAUAUGGAAUCUUUAUAGAGGUUGAAGUACAGUG